AUAGCGCGAUAUAGCAGACGACACUUAGCCGCUUAACAGAGAAGAACAUUUUUUAAUAUAAUUCAAAAUAAUUGUCAUACAACAUUAUUGAUGUUGAUUUGAAUAACAUUAUUGACUAUAUUUAAAGAAGUGAAAAUAAUUUAGUGAUUGAAUGCUUGAGUUAUAUGAAACUGUUGCUGUUUUAUUGGGAAAUGUGUUAGCAUAAACAAUUUUCAUAAAGAUCGACUCUAAUUGGAAAGUUGUGUUAGAUGAAGUGGAUGAAUUAAUUUUAAAACUAUUGUGGACACAUUGAGAGGAAGAAUUUCAAUUUAAAUUGCAGCGUAACCUGACUAGGACAGAACUCAUCUAUUAUCUCCAGGUAUAAAGAGGUACAGUACUCUGUUAUCAGUCACAGUGGCGUAAUAUCUACUUCUGGAUUGUUCAUAAACUGCUUGAAACGUUUUAUCAGGGACACGUACCACAAACCAUCUAUAGAUAACUAGCCUAUAGUUUGGGUCAUCAUCGAUAAAUAAACAAUCAGUACUCUGUCAAGUACGCAAAAAUCGGACAGCUAAGAUGGCUACCCAAACACUAUCUCGAGUCCCGCCGAUAGGAAGUGAUAAGGCACGAGGAUCUCACGCAGACGACAACUUUUCACCGAGAAAACCCACUCAGUCGCCAGUGUUUAUUCCUCCAAACGAAUUCAGAAUGAAACUUUUGAAAAGGAUAUUAUCCGUGGACGGCACAAUAGACAAUAAAGCUUUGCACAAACUACAGAAAUCUUCAAGUGAAAGAACUCUUCAGGCAAAUAUUUUGUUUCAAAACGGCGAUGUCGGGACAUUGAUAUCAUUUGACCGACUUAAUGAUGAUAAUGAAAAGAAAGACGACGAAAAGGACGAAUCUGAACAAGGACUUCCAAGUUUGAAACCCGAAGAAACAGAGAAACAAGACCGACCAAAGGAUGGCGUGAAACGAGAAAGACCGUUGAAACUGCCGCCAAUAAUGUUACCACCGGUUUACACACUGACACCUCGUCCUUUAAUGUUACGGGAUUAUUCCGGACCACCGUGUAUACCGCCACCAACACGGGACGAAGACUGGGAAGACCUCGAGGACUGUCGCUACUUGCGACCUGCCAAAAAACAAUUUAAAACAUCAAAUGACUAUAAAAGUUUUUUACUCUCAAAUGGCUCUACCAGAUAGAAGUGCAAUACCGCUAUAUACAAAACUUUGUAUAGGUUGCUUUAAAACCAAAGAUACUGGGACCACGGAUGGUCGGAGAGAAGGAGGGUAAUAGCUUGCAUUUAUAUAAAUUUGUAAAUGUGAGAUAUGGUGCUAACAGAACGUUGACAUUUAAAAGACACUUUGUUUAGAAAAUACAUCAAUAUGACAUUUAUAGAAGAGUGACAGCGGAUUUCAUGUAUAUAUAAAUUCCGUGCUUCCAUUCACAAAUGUUAUGUUUUGUUUGUGCAUGUACACUUUGUUUGUUACGUUUAUAUUUCGCGCGAUGCAAACUGAUUUUUUCGACAUGAGCUAUUAAAAGAUGUAAUCAUUUUGUGAAACAACCUGUCAUUUUUAUUCAUAAUAAUAUAAUGACAGUUAAAUCUUUUUAUGUAAAUUAUUUUUGAGCAUAAUCAUUUCAGUUCAUUUUUUUCAAUUGGGUCAUUCUUUAGCAAUUGAAGUGCAAUUUUAAUAUUUAGAAAUAGUAGGAUGUAUUCAAAUGUCCACCAUUAUUGACUUUCUCUCAAUUUCAUUUAGAAUAUUUUUUUAGAUGUCAUUAAAUUAAAUUCCAUUCAUUAUUAACUCUUAAGUCUAGAUUUAAAAUAAAUCGACCGGGGCAUUCUGUACGUGUUCAGAUGAAUAGAUUUUAACUUGCGUACGUGAUUUGUACUAAAAUAUCUCUAUUUAUACUAAUUAAAAAAUAUCGGCAAAUAUAUAAAUGUGAAAACUAACGUUCCACUGUUCAAAGAGUAUCAGUUCGUUGUCACUUUCUUCGUUUGAAAACCAAUUUAUAACUUCAUAAUUGACAGAAGGAGCGAUUUUUACGACAUCAAAAAUUACCUUGUUGCUAUGGAUUACCACAGUGAAAGCUUUAGUAAAUAUAAGGAAUAAAAGAGUAAACAUUUUAUUUUUUCAAUAGGUUUAAUUGUAAGUUUGGAUAACUUUUUUUUUCAAAAUAUAUUUCAUGCUUUUGUACUGUACAUUCUCUAGAUGUUAGGGGUUAAUCGUUUGAUGAUGCUUCAUAGUUAUAGAUUAUAGAUAAUUGCCUUUCGUUAUUUCAUAAAAAACUGGAGGUAAAAAGUUGAUUUGUACAUGUAUAUAGUAAUUAAUUCACUGUAAAUCAUACGUUCAUGAAAUGACAGAUCGUUUCUUGAUGCAUUUUCUACCAUUAAAUGGUUUUUAUGGUAUACAUAUUACAUUAUUUAUUUUAUAUUUUAUGAUAAAAAUUUAAGAAAUUAAAGAAACGACAAUGAA